AUGCUCAGUAACGGUUCUGUUGAAGAUGAAAUGGAUCCACUUUGUGCCCAGUAUGAAACCUAUACUACAGUGCGUUUCAUUUUCAUCACGAUAGCUACCGUAAUCGCAUGCCUUGGUACGGCCGGCAAUCUAUUGCUUAUGUAUAUUUUUGCUGCUAAGAAGACAAAGAUCACACCGGCCACGCUCUAUCCUACUUUACUUGCAUUUUUGGAUUUUGCUAUUUGCCUUGAGUAUCUACUAUUGUUCGGUGUUGACGCUGCAGUGAGUUUUCUAAGAAUUGAGAGUCUUUUUUUGCUCUACUACAUGUAUAUCAUUCCCGCCUACGUUGCCAGUCGGAUCACUCAGCUAGCUAUUCCAUACAUGCUGAUCUUUGCCACUGUAGAGCGACUUGUUUGGACAUCAGGAAAGAUGAGUAAGAAGCUUGGAACCGUUGCAGUACGCGGGUUUUGGUCACCCAUGACUAUUGUGCAGCCAUUAGUCCUCGAUUUUGUGCAUAUUUGCAGCCGAAGCCGUUUUCUUUUGGCGAUGAAUUCAACAUCGGGUCGAUAUUUCACCGCAAUCAUUUCGCUUCUGGUCUGUGUGAUAUUACGUCUUCCUACUGCAUUUGCCACCGAAGUUGCCGUAUAUCCACAAUGUGAAGAUUUUUUUCGUACAAUGACAACGCAACCAAGGACGUGGACGUAUGAUUCUGAGAUUUACUACUUCUUUGACUUUCACCUAAUGACCAUUGCACAAACAGUGGUACCAUUUGUCAUACUGCUCGCUUUAAACAUUGUAAGAUUUACUUUUCUGCAAUUUUUUCCUUACCUAACGCUUUCCAUACGGUCGAUGAAGAAGGUUUCCGCUUCUGUUCGAUGUGCUAUCAUGACGAUGGUGGCUAUCGUAGCCAGUUAUCUGAUUUCGAAUACACUUCAUCUUAUACUAACAGUGAUGGAAAGAUCUGAUCAUCCACUAUUGCAUGACACUGAAGAUCCAUUACUCUCGUCAACAUUCCAUACAUUUUUCUCGGAUUCCGUUUCAUUUGUCUAUAUGUUCACUUCAGCCAUACGUAUAUUGAUUUACUUCUUCUGUAAUCCAGUAAUUCGAUCGGAUAUUCGAAAUUUUUUCUAUACCAAUGGCGAAGUAAAUUUGUGA